AUGUUGGGCCGCAAACGCUCGCCGUCGCCACCCAAGACGCGGAGUAGCAAGCCCAAGCCGAAGCCUGCGAAAGCAUCCAAGCCGAACCACGCGCCGUCCGCGUGGUCGACGGUGUCAAGUGCGAGUGUUGGCACGCCGCGCAAUUCGUUCACAGAGACGGACUACUACCGGAAGACGAAGGAGGAGAUCCACUCGCCCGUCUCGUGGGCGGCGUACCGUGGGGAGAUUAUGGAGAUCCAUUCGACAGCUUAUACGUAUGCUGCGGACGACGAAGAGCAGCAGGACCGACGGCGGAGCAAGGCGCAUGUUCUUGGGAGUGAAGAGCCUGAGGCCGACGACGAGCAGGCGAAGGCACAGGUGCGGCGGACAUCGGCGUUGAGGCUCGUCAUCGAGACACUCUUCCGCAGACGCAAGUCGCGCCGAGCAAGUGCAACAGACAAAGCCCAGCGCUAG